UGGUUAUCCCAAAGCAUUCCACAAGAAAAGAACUGCAGAAAUGGAAGACAUGAUGAAAAGCAAACACCUUGUGAUAUUGGGGAUGAUUGGAGUUUUAGUGUUUUGGAGUGAUGUUGUUGUAGGGCAGUGCGCUGACAUGAAGGGCCUCAUAAAGCAAUGUGGCCUGUAUGUUGUGAAGUCUGGUCCACCGAUGAAUCCCUCAAGAAAGUGUUGUGAAGAGAUAAAGAAUGCAGAUGUUGAAUGUGUGUGUAAGAACUUAUCCAACCAAAUGCUGCACCUUAUUGAUAUGCAGAAGCUGCAUCAUGUCGCAGACUCGUGUGGAAGGCCAAUAACCAAGUGUGGAGAUGAAGAUGAAGUUGAAGUUGCAGAUGGACCUAAAACUGAUGAUAUAAACUGGCCUCCACAAUUUAUGGAAUCCGAAGAUCCACCUAAAACUGAUGAUAGAACACCUCCAGAAUUUAUGGAAUCCGAAGUUCCACCUAAGAAGCAAUCAACUCGAAGGCUUUCACCCAUAGUUCCAGCUAAAUCGAAUUUGAAGUCAUCUCCUAAGUUCAUGGAAACUGCAGAUCCACCAUCUGAUACUGAUUAAUCUUCUUUCUUUUCUUUUGCAGCUCUGUUACCUUCCCAAUGGACCAACUUAUUAUGCCUCUAUCAUCUCUUUUGUAUCCUCACUCAUACGCUUUAAUUAUUAUUACUAUAGAAUAAGUCAAAUACACCAAUGUAAUCUUGUAUCACUUUCAUCUUAUAUAUCAACAAUCAUCAUAAUUAUCUAUAACACU